AUGCGGACGUUCUUUGUUGCCAAGUUCUUGCUGCUGACCGGCGCCGCAGCCCGGCCGAUGCUGCACAUCUUCCUGCCGCCCUGGAACGCCUCAGACGAGGUCUCCAGGCACCAGGACAACGGUGAGGUCUGGUAUCCGGGGCCGCAGAUGAUGUCCUACGGCAUGGACCCAGCGACGGCGGUGCACAGCAUGUUGGAAGGCGUGGACAUGGUGUCGGUCAACGCCUCGGGCCACGAGCAAGUGGCUCUACGCUUAAACUUUACCAACGACGAACAGACGAUGAAACAUCGGAGGACCGUGAUGAAGCAGACUGUCGAGCUUGGGCUAGCUGGUGAACGGUCCGAAAACCUGAUCAGCAGCAGGGCAUUCUUGCAGAAGCUGCUCAGCUUCCGCAGGGCCGGGUACCGCCCCAUCCGCCAGCAGAAGAAGCAGACCCAGCUGAUCCUUCCAUUGAACAACCGAACGGAGGCGACUCCCCUGGCACAGUACAUCUCCAAGCACUACGGCCGAGCGGUGAAGCCGCUCCUGCCGCCAACGCUUGGCUGGAGCAGUGUUGGUGGGAGCAAAGCGUUCGCCUUCUCCAGUGACAAACUCUACAUGGUGGUUGGUGCCAGGAUCGUGGAAGUGAUGCUGGAAACAGUGCCACCCAGUGGCGGGUGCCCCGCGCAUGCCAAGUACGGCAAUGUGAACCGCUCGUGCCGGGAGGAGACCACGAAGGCUGGCGCAGACAGGGUGAUUUUCGGAGGGAAAGUAGGCACCGCCCUUGACCAGCUCGGAGUGCCGGAGAAUGUCCCCAGCAUCGUCUUCCACCAAGACAAGUUGUACGUAGUUGAAGGGGUAGGAAGCGGCAGUGCUGCUACUCUGGAUGAACGUAUUGGGAACAACCGAAUUUUGGUUCUGCUUCCUGGCCAGUCCAAGGCCGAAGUCUUCUUCGGCGGCAACGGCCGCGGCAGCCGCUUGAAUCAAGUCAACGAUCCCCGGGACAUCGCCUUUUUCGAAGGCAAGGCAUACAUUUCUGACAGUGGGAACCAUCGCAUCCUGGAGGUCACCCCUGGCAAGUCCAAGGCCAAGUUGUUCUUUGGAGGGAAGGGGCCAGGCAGCCGUUUGGAUCAACUAAACAAUCCCGGUGUCAUCAUGUUCCUCAAAGGCAAGGCGUAUGUUGUGGAUUACAGUAACCAUCGCAUCCUGGAGGUCACUCCUGGCAAGUCCAAAGCCAAGUUGUUCUUUGGAGGGCAGGGCCCAGAUAAAUUACUCUACCCCAGAAGCAUGGCCUUCUUUGAGGGCAAAGCGUAUAUUGGCACGUCCGAGGGGUUCAUGGAAAUCACUCCCGACAAGUCGAAGGCCAGGUUAGCCUUCAAAUAUCAUCGCGCAGAAGACCAGAUCUCCUUCUAUCGGGGUAAGGCCUAUGUUGUGCUUGGCCAUUGGCCAUUCCACCGUCACCACGCGGGGCUCGUGCAGCUGACCCCUGGCCCAUGGACCGCAAAGUUCCUUCUGAGGAAGCACAGGGCGCUUCAAGAGCAACUUAACGGAGCACAACGGGUCAGGAUCUGUGAGAGCCAGGUUUACGUCCUGGGGCAGAAAGACAUCAAAAGGGUGAUGCCGCGCCAGUCGAAGGCGGAGACUUUCUGGGAGGGCUCCGAACCUUUGGCCGACCUUGCAUUCUACAAGAACAAGAGCUACGCUGUGCAAAGACAAGGGGGUCAGGUUUUGGAAAUCACGCCUGGCGAGUCGAAGUCAAAGAUCUUUUUUGCAGCAACGACCCCUUACAGCAACUUCAAUGGCAUCACCUUUUUCGAAGACAAGGCAUACAUUGUUGACGCGACAUUCCAUCGCAUCUUGGAGGUCACUCCUGGCAAGUCUAAGGCCAAGACGUUCUUCGGAGGGAAGGGAAUGGGCAGCCGCUUGGAUCAACUUUACAAUCCCACAAGCAUGACCUGGUUCGAAGGCAAGGCCUACGUUGUUGACCAGUGGAACCGUCGCGUCCUCGAGGUCACCCCUGGCAAGUCAUGGGCCAAGUUGUUCUUUGGAGGGAAGGGCCUGGGCGAUGGCGUCCGUUUGGACCAACUCACCACUCCUGUGGACAUCGCCUUCUUCAAGGGGGUGGCCUACAUUGUUGACGGAUGUAAUACUUGGCCCCGCAUCUUGCGGGUGACUCCCGGCGAGUCCUUUGCAGAGGUGUUUGCCCAGCGUUACCUUGACCACCCCGUGAGCAUCGCUUUUCACAACGGCAACGCCUACGUCACGAGCCUCACCACGGUUACUGUGCUGUCCAUGGCAGUUUUGGAGGAACCGUCCAACAGGACCGUCGAUCUGGGUGGGGCGUUGGCCCGGUGUCAACGAGGAGCUUUGUUCUCUCGGGGUGACACCGACAUCUUCCUGGCCAAGUGCCAGGUCGCGUCGGCAAUGGUCGAGGUCGCGGCUUCCAAGCCAAGCAUCACCCUGGAGGCCCCGAACUACGACGUCUCCAUGGAGAUCACGAACCGUGCCGCCCACUUGCCCGUGGUCGGCUUCACUAAGCUCACGCUGCCCUGGGCCGAGGUCCAUGUACCAACGCGGAAGUUCAAGUUCGGUUUGUGCUUGGCCGCCCUGGCAGCUGCCAGCUUUGGAGCCCAUGGGGUCGGUCGCCGCGCAGGUCACCUAAGCUUCCUGCUGCUGGCCUUCUGCGUGUUUUUGGCCGCGCUCCACUUCGAACUCUGCUUUCUUCCCAUCCCCGACAGCUACCUGUGGUCUUCGUUGACCCUGGUGGGUGGCCUGUUCUUGCCCUGGGCCAUGGUUCCUCUGCUGCUCUUCCUGUCUUUCGAUUCUCUCACCAAGCACGCCUUCACCAGCGACGCCCCCUUGGCCGUGUCCUGCGCCCUCGGCACCGGGUGGGAAUACCACCUCCUCACCGCCUUCCUCAUGGCUGCGUCGACGUCCGUUUGGGCACUAUGCUUGGGGGAAGAUAGCACACCACCGCCGGCGCCGUUGGCUACCAUACCAAACUUCUGCUCUCUCCGAAAGCUCAUGGAGAAUCACUUUCCGUGGCUGGUGGAGAAGGUGGAGCAUCCGAAUGCUUCAGCGCGGCGACUCUUGCAACUGCUCAAGUGGGUCCAAACAAGCAUGGGAGAUCAGUACUUGGAUCUCACCACCUGCCUCGUCUUCCAAGCUUGUGGCUACGACUACGCAUGGCUUUCGUUGGUCUGCAUCCUCUCAGCCCUCUGCUUGCAGAAUCUAGGUGGCGCGCUGUACAUUCUUUGCUGCUCCCGUGGGCAUGGACUGCCAGCUUCGCAGACCUGCGUCUACGCGUUGAUCGCAUUGGUGAUGGCACCGCCUCUGAAGCAGUUGAAUGAGAAGCUGACGCCUGCGGCGAUGUACGUCACCAUGGUGCGACUCAUCUCCGAAGAUCUGCCGCAACUGCUCAUCCAGCUGCACUUCACCAUCUUCGUCUACCAGAACCCCUUCGUGCUCUUCAACGUGAUGUUGACCUUGCUGUUUGCGGCCAUGGAUGUCAAGGCUCUGUGCAGCUAUUGCCAGCCCAAGAAGUUCGAACCGAUCCCGCAGGUCGACAAGACGAGCACGCAGCAUCACCAAAUCGCUCUCAUGCCUCUCGCCAAGGCCGAGGAAGCGAGUUCAGCUUAG